AUGUCUCAAAGUCUCGCCAAUACGAGAACCUCUUCUGCGCCAGGUUCAACACCAGUUUCAUUAAAAGCUUUACAACGUAUUGUGACAUGCAUCGAAAACAAUCACCUUCAACCAAAAAGUUUCAUUGAAGGUUGGUUAUCGUCAAAUGAUCCGGAAAUUGUGAAGUCUCAACGCAGGUGGUUCAUGGGGGUUGGUCUGCAGUCAACUGGUAGAUUGCUUAACGUAAUCCGAGAUAUCAUCUUGAGUACCAAGCCCGGUCAAGAGUUCUGGGACGGGUGGGUUUUAUCACAGGCGAUCAAAGUGGCCAAAAACCAACAACCACCAUCUGGUAGUGUUCCGAAAGGUUUCUAUAUCAAUAAAUCAAAGGUCACGCCAUUGAAUUUCGAUCACGCCGACAUUCACAAUCGAGACAUCCUCCUUGAAGAAUUGAUGCCAUUCCUGUAUAGUCUGAUUCAAUCAAUCUUUACUCAUAACCUACAGACACAAGUACAAGCAGCAGACCUACGAAAGUCACGGCGUAAAUCAAAAGAAUCCAAAACUUCAAAUACUUCUUCGAGUAUUCAGCCAUCUGGCCCAUCAUCAAACACUCAACCUGCUAUCGAUGGACAUAAUGACACUUUAGACUCAGAUGAUGAUUCAUUAGACAACUUCGAUGUUAGACCACUUGAGGAUUCAGAAGUUCGUGGUCUUGGAGGAAUGACUUUGGGUGAGGACAACGAGUAUGUACAGAGCUGGGAUGGCUAUGUUUUUCGAAAGUCUAAAGAUCAAGCACAAAAUCUCAAGAAUCGAAGACAAGAGUUAAAGAAGAAAUUGGUCGAUGUGAUGGGAGAGGACCAUUGGUUAGCUCCAUUCAUCACUCUUGACAAUAUUGACUUUCAAGAACAUGUUCACACACCUACCGUACAGAAGGAGAGCACUAUGUGUAACGGAUCUUGGGGUUACAUUCAUCGGCCGAAAAUACCGGAAGGAAUCCCAAUGGAUCACGACUCGUUCACUGCUGAGAAGUUGAACGCCAUAUUGAAUGAAGCGGAGCAGAAACCUAUCAGCAUUACGGAUAUUACACCAACACCAACCGAAAUCAAAGACUGGAAUUUAACUUUAAAAUCUCAGAUUGCACAAACUCUAGUUAAGUAUGUAGCCCAACCGAUUGAUGGGAAGAUGAUUCCAUACCGAUAUCCGCCUCAAGUUACUCCACUUCCAACCGAGAAACCCGACAUUAUGAUGUUGAAGAUGAUGUCGGCAUCUGACAACUCAACUGCAGGUGUUGGUGAUUUAUACAACGCGGUGUUAAAUCAGACCGGCCUAUCAAGGGAGACGCGAGUUAUGAAACUUAAUGUCGAAACUGUAGGGAAAGAGCGAGUGAAGAUGACACCCGAGAGAAUGAAGGAAGUGAUAGAUCAAACUUUUGAUCAGUAUUUUGGUCCCAAGGCAAUUCAGAAUGCUGAGUCCGAAAAUGACGAGAAACUACUAAGACUACUUCUCCGGGGCUGGAACGUCCAUCAAGCGGCUCAGAGAUUUAUAUUCGAUCAAUGUCCCACUGGUCAGUCCAAUACAUUGAUGCUGCGAGAAUUUCUCCAUCGGCUCAAGGGUCGCUCAGGUUUAAAUGACGUGUAUCAGUCGCAUAAAAACACCAUCGAUCAUAUAACACUGAGGAACUUUCUGCGAAUGGCUCACCAUCACAAUAUCGCCGCUAGUUCCCCUGGUUCUACCCUGAGAGGAGGUUUGCCCAAUGACAUGUAUGCACAAGGACUCAACAAGCUACGAGACUUUGCACGUCAUAAUCAACUAGGGCGAUUUCAUUGGCCGAAAGCGGGUGGAUCACACGCUCAAGAAGCUGCAGGUGAUGAUAUUAGUUUGGAUGAAGAUGAAAAUAGACAGUGUCACAAUGAUUCUCAUGGAUCUGAUUCAGAUUAA